AUGAUCAACGGAUUCCACUACAGAGUGCCCCCGAAUGUUUUAUCCAUUCUGAAGGAUGUUCGGAAUUGGGUAUUUCCCAGGUACAUCUGGAUUGAUUCCAUUUGCAUCGACCAGAAUAAUGUUGCCGAGAAAGAGAUCCAAGUGGCGAUGAUGCGUCAGAUAUACGAGGGCAGUUCUCACGUUGUCAUCCAUCUUAUAGAACCCGAGCCACCUCGCCGCGACGUACUUCAACUUCGCAACAUGGUGUCCAAGCUACGUGACAGCCGCGCUUUGCAAGAAUUCUCCUACGACGACAAACCUGGAGAACCGCUCUCUCUCGGAUCUUACAGCGACUGGGCUCACAUGGAGAGCUUCCUUGACGACCCAUGGUUCGUUAGAGCAUGGAUCGUGCAGGAGGUCACGGUAGCUAAACAAGUCCGGCUUAGGCUUAGAGGACAAGAAAUACAAUGGGGUGAUUUCGUACGCGCUUGUGCUGUGCUAUCGCGGACUGGAACGAGGGGGUACAUCCAUUACCGCUACCUCCUGGAGGGCAAGCCACUCCCCGCCGAUGCCGUCGUUGGGUCCAGGAUGGCCGGCGUUGAGAGUACUUUGGUGCUUGAUAAUAUGAGGGAGUGGUACGCAUCGGGCCAGCUACUCCCACUCUUGGAUACGAUGAUUCUAUGUCUCAGGUUUAAGUCAAGUUGGGAAGUUGAUAAACUAUAUGCCCUACUCGGUGUCAUUAGUAAAGAGGACCGGGAUAGCUUGGGAAUUACCCCUAACUACACGAGAGACAAAGAAACGAUUUUUAAAUCCCUUGCCCUUCAAUUGUUGGGGAGAGCUUCUUCUAUCGAUGAGCAGUUCCGGAUUCUUCGCUUUGCAGGUGUCGGCCAGGCGAGGAACAUGAGCAGUCUGCCAUCGUGGGUCUCGGAUUGGACCUCUGGGUUGCCGACUUGCCCGUUCACCAGUCGCCAUGAUGAAUUCAACUACAAAGCAUCAACUCGAAGUGGGAGUAAAAUGCGUUUUAGGCGGCCUAAUGAACAUUCCUCGUCUGCUGAUGGGAUCGAUGAAGGUCUUGGCGCCCUCCUUGAAGUGGAUGGUCAUCUCGUUGAUCGCAUCGUACUGCUCUGCGAUGUUUCAGAAACGCCACCACCAGAGAACACGACAGACUUUCCAAUCCGCGAUGCCCUCGCCGCCGUAAUGGCUCAUAGUCAAGGUCGGGAAACGUAUCGCUCAACUGGCCAGCCAAUCGAAGAAGCGUUCUGGCGGGCUCUCAUCGCAAACCCACAUCUACGCCGUCUACCAGCAACUCACGAUGUAAUGAAGGCCUGGGUCCUAUAUUUCAAGGGCUACGAAGCUGCCCGCGGUGGGCUUGACAAAGCAGAAGCCGUCCCAGGUGCAGCGCAGGAUGACGAGGCGUGGGAUCUGCGACUCAUGUUCAGUGCCAUCUGGUUCUGGCAGGCCGAUGACGAGGACCUGCGUUUUGCGCAUGUGCUUGCGACCGACUUGUCAAGACGGUGGCCCGAGCACCGGCAUACGCUGCGAGCUACGAGUAUCCUGAACCGGCCUUCAGACCACAUGGAGGCUACUGAUGUGCGCAUGUCCGCCGGUCGGCAGUUUUGCGUCACGGAGAAGGGAUACUUUGGACUCGUGCCGCGGCUUGCUGCUAUUGAUGAUAUGGUAGUCCUGUUUGACGGGGCAACGACACCUCAUGUAGUCCGGCCGUCGAUUUCCGAGACGUACAAUGCUGCGGCAGGACCCAGGAAUGAUGAUUUCUUUUGCAAGCUUGUGGGCGAGUGUUUUAUACAUGAGGGUAUGGAUGGACAACUGGAACGUGACUCUAGCAUUUCCAAGAAAACUUUUGUAUUAGAAUAA